CUUUCUCUCUCUCUCUCUCUCUCUCUCUCUACUGACUCAAACUGAUCCUGACCAGAGACACGACAAACCUGGACUUUCACCUGACUUCAGAAUGUCUCCUGCAUACAGAAUCUUCUCCAAGGUUUUUGGGAACACCAUGAACUCCCACGAGUUCUUCAUGGAUCGUCUGAAAUCCAAUGCAAAUCUACUUGAAGUGUCCUCAGAGAAUGAUUGUGAUGUCCUGAUUAGUUUUGUCCCGAUUGUGUCUCGAGCUGGAACAGACAUUCAGGCUGCGCUUGAAAAGAUUCCCACAGAACACUCAUACAAGCACAUCAUUCUGGUGGUUCUUCAUCACACAUUUGAUCCUGAUUUCAUCGCUCCAGACAGCAGAUACUCUGUUAACAGAAAUGAUGUAUUUGCUGUUGAUUGUCUUUACUAUGAAGACCAGGGACUGCUGAACUGCAAAAACAAUGAUGAAGCACUGGAGAGAGUGAGAACGCAUCUCGGAGUAAAAACACAACAGAGUAAGGACUCUGACAUCUUCUGCCCUCCGGUCGAGAAAAACCCAGAACGGACUUAUUGGAUAUUAGCAGUGAUAAUCAUCUUCCUAGUUUAUUUGGUUCUACCAGAACACUACAGUUUCUUCACCUUCUUAAUUUUUGAGAUAUUUCUGUUGAUUAUCAUUUUAGUCCCCCAGACUCAUUAUUACAGCCAACGCCGUAUAUGGGCUGUUUGUAUUUUUAUUUUUAUAAACGUUCUGUUAUUCUUCAAGUUUCUUAUUCAGACACCUGUAACUGAACAGCAGGAUUAGCAGCAGCCAGAAAAUCAUAUUUCAAGAAGGAUUUAAAUGUGUGUGAAUGAACUAUAAUAACUCUAUGAAUUAUGAAAUUUGCUUCUUACUGAUUGUGGUCAUUUGAUGCUAAAUCAAUAACACAGCUUUGCGUGA